AUGCGAAUACUUUCCCACUAUAUAAUUGUAAUUUUGCUUAGUUAUUCAGGCUCCUGUAUGGAAUGCUACGUUUGUCAUAACCAGGAAGGGAAUAAAGACAAAUGUGUUAAAACUUCGAUGCAAUGCCUGCAAGAUGAAGAUACUUGCUUGAUCAACAUAUCAUAUACUGGCAAGGUGAAUAUGCCUCCCUACUGGGAGCCCUUCGGCGACCGGAAGCACUUCUUGUGGAAGUCCUGCACCACUGCAGCUGCCUGCGAGGCGGAACGGAAACGCGCUGGUCGUGAGUGUAUGCGCGAGUGGUACAUGGAUUGGCGCUGUGUUGAGUGCUGCCAGGGUGAAUUAUGUAACUACUAUGCCACUCUAGAGUCGUCGAUACUACUGCCUAAUUUUUGGAUCUCGGCUUUCACUACCUUGUUUGUACUUUAUCACACAAUGUUGAAUAAAUGUACUUGA